AUGAAGUAUUUGUCGAUUUUAAGACUCUGGGCGCGUUACAAUCCAGGAUUCGUUCCUGCUGUGAAAAUAUAUCGAAAACCAGAAUUGUACAAACAAAGCUCCGAACAAUUGAUAUACAUAACGCGGCUACAAGAUGAAAUGACAAUUUACACUUCCAAACAAAAACCAAAAGUGAUUAGUGAAUCGACAAUCAAGCCUUACGCUGUCAUAGCACUACAGGAAGUUUGCGGGCUGAUAGAGUGGAUCCCAAUGACUUUGACUUUGAGAAAAAUAAUUUCAGCGGAUUUAGCUCAAAAUGACACUAAAUUACCGAGGAAACCUAUUCAACGUGGGCAACAAGAAUUAUACCUGAAAGAAUAUUACAUUGCUAGAAAUGCUACUAAACCAACAUUACAUAGUAAGUAUUAUCAAUUGUUUGGUUUAAGUAGUUCGACUUGGAUUCAGGCUAAAAAUAAUUUUAUUUCUUCAACUGCUCAUUGGAAUAUUUUUGGUUUUAUGAUUGGACUGGGAGACCGUCACCUCGAUAAUAUUUUGGUAGAUUUACGGGACGGGGCUAUAAUUCACGUUGACUUUGAUUGCAUUUUAGAUAAAGGUUUCAGUUUGGUCAUUCCGGAGUUAGUUCCGUUCCGUUACACACAAAACAUACAGGCAAUGGUUUCUUACCAUACGCCUAUACUAUUUAAUAAGAUGAUAAAACUUUGCAACGAAACUGUUUAUACAACCGUUAUUAAUUCUAUUAAGAAAAAGUUUUCUGGCAGAGUGAACUAUUCGGCAGUCUUUACGGAUCUGUCUGAUAAAAUGAAUCCUUAUAAGUUAGCAAAUAGCAUCAACAUUGUUUAUAAAAAUGUACCUUGGAAUUAUCAAGAUUUGAGUCCUAAAGCGCAGGUCGAAUUGCUCUUGAAGGCUGCGUCUGAUGAUUUGAAUUUAGCAUUGAUGUAUGCUGGGUGGACCAGCUACGUGUAA